GGAAUCGAACCCACGACCACAUGGUUAAAAGCCAUGCGCUCUACCAGCUGAGCUAAGACGGCUCCGUCAAACGGAAAAUUGAAUUCACCAUCAAAAUUUCACAUAAAAUUGCAAUGCUUUGAACAGCAGUAAAAGGGAAUAACAAGACGUUUUCGAGAGUCGUCGGAGAAUCAAAACUUUGCCGGAAAAUUUGAGGAGAGAGAAACCCCCAUCUGAAUCUCCUACGCCAAAUUCCGACGACAUGACAGAAAUUUCUCCCGGAGAUUCGAAACUUCCGUCGGAAAAUCAACCUGAAUCUUUCGAUUCUUCUACUAUGCGAAAGACGAAACCUGGAAUCAAGCGCAUUUCCAUUACUCUUUCAGUCCUUUUCUCUUUCCUCUUAGGAAUUCCGUUUCUAUUGAAGUCUGUGGAAAUAUAUCGGUCACCGCUGCCUUUUAAAUACAUGGAUUCGCUAUCGAGUGUUAUUGAAUCCGAACCUUUGCUCUUUCCGUGUCGAUUCCAAGUAGUUUUUAUAGGUUUUGAUGAACUAAAUGAUGCUGACAAACUUGGAUUUUCGAUUGCUGAGCGUAUGAGGGAAGUAGUGGGGGAUGAUCGGGUUUGUGGAAGUUGCGGGACGAAUUUUACCAUUUCGGUUUCUUUGGAGUUGGAGCAUAGUUGUGUGCAGAGCGAGAAUGGUGGAAAUGGUUGCUCUUUGCAGUGUGGGCUAUUGAAGGAUGCUGAUUUUGGUGCAAAAUGGGAUGAUGAUGAACUUGUUGAUGAACUAUUGGACGGUGCGUUGUCAAUUAGUCAGAAAUGUUCAAGUGACAAUGGAAAGGUUUACAGCGUUGUUGUCGUGAAAAGGGACGAGAAAGUUAGGGCAGUGGUAGGAAAGCAUAGGCACGGGUGGAUCAUUGGCAAGGUUUCCGAGGCAGAGGCAGUCGAGAGGAUUGCUGAAAUUUUCGUGAGGGUAUUUAUUAACGGCGGGAAAGAAGAAGGUUCAAUUCACAGUGAGUUUAUGCCUGUUGGUGCUGAUGGUCGGGUUGUACUAUCUUUUAGCCUGUUAAAUGCAGAUCCACACGAUUGGAUAUAUGAUUGGGACUUUCAGAGACUAUAUGAGACUCAACUGACUCCAGUUGUUGAGGCUAUGGCAUCUAUAGCUAAAAUAAGCGUAGAAAGUCAGAUUUUAUACCAUACUCCAAAAUCUUUUUUCUCUCAUUGGGAUGACCACACAGGUGCCUACAUCUAUAACACUAAGGAUCUUCCUUUCUUUGUAAAUUCAAAUGAAUGGCAUUUGGAUACUUCAUCCGCAGCAGGAGGACGUUCCAAAAUUUUGCACGUUGUUGUAUAUGUACCAUCUGCAAAGGAAUGUCCUCUUUCACUGCAACUUCCUAAUGGGGAGAUCUCGGCAACAAAUGGCUUUAUAUCUCCUAUGUGGGGAGGUGUCAUUGUCUGGAAUCCAUCUGGUUGUUCAAGUCAUUCUCAGACCAAGGGUCAUGCUAGGCAUUCAAUCCCCUUCAAUGAACUUGAAAACAUUGUUGAAAUUUUCUUGGGGCAGUUGCGGCAGCUUUUUGGUCUUAAGUCUGAAACACUCUAUGUUGGUUCUUCGGGCACAGUCAAUCUUCUGGCUAGUGAAAAAGGCUUCACGAAAUGGGAAUUGGAUCUGUUGGCCCGGCAUCAUACGUGCUUUAAUCUUCAGUCAUGUGCAACCACACUCGGUUCUCUUUCCAGAUUGGUUCAAUCACUGCCAAGGAUGAUCAUAAAGGAUGAAAUAGGAAAACAGGUAGAAUACUCUCUUGACGCGGCAGAUUUUGCACGAAGAAAUGCUACUCUUGGGGCCUAUGACGAUUCUGCUGUGUUGUCACGGCAAGCAAGAUCGUUGGCGGAAGACGCCUUCUUUCAUCCAUCUAUCAUGUCUGUGAGCUAUUACUCGUUUGAGCAUUGCUUUGCAGUCUACUCGCCCUUCUUCCUACCAGUAGCAAUGCAUGUACUCCUCGCAGCUGUCAAAGAAUGGAAACGAUACAAGCAAGAAAAAAUGAAGUAUUUGACAUGGAAAGCGAAAGAGGUUGCAUCUUGAUCCCUUUGGAUUGUGCAGAAAGUUGUCCUGACAACUCCUGGGGAACUGUGAUGAGCAGAACAGGUGCUGAUCCAGAUGAACAUCAUUUACGGAACUUUUAGAGAUCUCCUGGAAAUACGCUCUGCAACGGGUUGGAGAAAGCUUGCGAGUUGCUUCAUUGUUUUGGGGGAUCGAGUUACUGGUGCUUCAUCCCUUUUCAAGCAUAAUGAUUACUCUCAAAUUCAAGGACGUUCUGCUUCUGGCACAAGUAAAUUUAUGUCUUGUUAACAUGAUUUCUUAUUGAAUACUCCCUCUGCCCUUGAUGUUUGCCCAUUGCGAAUUUGACUUCUUUAGGAGUUGGGAAAAAGUUGUGCAGAUGUAACUCUAAUAAAAAAGUGAUAUAACUUCAAAAAAAGAAUAUUAGAAAAAUUCCAAAAAAAAUUUUAGGUGAUAUAACUCUAGUGAACAAAUGUUGUAACUCUAAUCCAAUCGUGUGUUUGAGAUUCAUUUUCAUUUCU